CUCUCGUGUUCCGGCGUCCUGGGGUCGGCACCCGACCCGCACCUCCACACCCCGAUCUCCGCCUGCCCGGCUCACGCCACGCCGCGCCGCAGGCCUGGGCAGGAGCUGCCGUCGGAGUGAGUCGCCGGGCCUCCAGGCCGCUCCCGGGUGCCCGACCAGAGUGAGGUCCCCGCUUCCUGGUUGGUACUUUACUUUUCCCGAAUCCUUGCUUCUGAGGCCGGCUUAUACUUUUCUCCAACUCCAAGGGAGAACCUGACGCCCCCUUCAGCUCGCGUUUGCCUAAAAGAAGUGAUGCCACCAAGAAGGAAUGAGAAAUACAAGCUUCCUGUUCCACUUCCAGAAGGCAAGAUUUUGGAUGAUACAGAAGGAAAACAGUGGGUGCUGGGAAAAAUGAUUGGCUCUGGAGGAUUUGGAUUGGUGUAUCUAGCUUUCCCCACAAAUAAACCAGAUAGAGAUGCAAGGCAUGUAAUAAAAGUGGAAUAUCAAGAAAAUGGCCCAUUAUUUUCAGAACUUAAAUUUUAUCAAAGAGUUGCCAAAAAAGACUGUAUUAAAAGAUGGAUAGAACACAAACAACUUGAUUAUUUAGGAGUUCCACUCUUUUAUGGAUCUGGUCUGACUGAAUUUAAGGGAAGAAGAUACAGAUUUAUGGUAAUGGAAAGACUGGGAAUAGAUUUACAGAAGAUCUCAGACCAGAACGGACCUUUUAAGAAGUCAACUGUCCUGCAGUUAGGUAUCCGCAUGUUGGAUGUAUUGGAAUAUAUACAUGAAAAUGAAUAUGUUCAUGGUGAUAUAAAAGCAGCAAAUCUACUUUUGGGUUACAAAAACCCAGAUCAGGUUUAUCUUGCAGAUUAUGGGCUAUCCUACAGAUAUUGUCCCAAUGGGAACCACAAACAGUAUCAAGAAAAUCCUAGGAAAAGCCAUAAUGGGACAUUAGAGUUUACCAGCUUGGAUGCCCACAGGGGAGUAGCUCUGUCCAGACGAAGCGACCUUGAAAUCCUCGGCUACUGCAUGCUGCAGUGGUUAUGUGGGAAGCUGCCCUGGGAACGGAACCUGGACGACCCCGUGGCUGUGCAGACUGCUAAAACAAACUUAUUGGAUGAACUCCCUGAGUCAGUGCUUAAAUGGGCUUCUUCUGGAAGUGGUUGCUGUGAACUAGCCCAAUAUUUGGUGUGUGCUCAUAAUUUAGCAUAUGAUGAACAGCCAGACUAUCAAAUGCUUAAGGAAAUUCUGAACCCCAGCGGAAUAUCCUUCGGACCAUUGGAGUUUUGCAGUAGCAGGAGUAUAAAUGCACAUACUCCCAACAAUCAGAAAGUUGAUUUACAAAAGGUUGCAACAAAACAAGUCAAUCAGAUGCAAAAUAGGUUAAAAGAGAAAAAAGCCCACCAUGAAAGAAGUGCUGAGUCCUGUGCAAUGUGGAGAAAAAUGCAGAACAAGAAUCUUAUUGGAUCGCCUGACAAUGAAGUAGCUCAGGAAAGUACAAGGAAGAGACAAAAAUAUUGUCCAUCUCAAGAAUUUUUGAAUGAAGCAAUAAAUGCAACACAAAAUUCCAGCUGUACACAAUGCCUGAAUCCAUCUUAUGAACCUUAUCAAGACUUUAUCAGUCCACAUAAAUUCCACAAGUCAAGACCUCCAUCUUGGGACUUAGACUCUUCCACAACCGCUAUGGAUGCCACAGAAUUAGAAAGUUCUGCAGGAUUUUGGCUUAACAUUUCCCAGUUUACUCUUAGUGAAGAGACAAAGGCAGAAGUAUACUUUUAUGGCUUCAUCAUUUUUUUUCUUUUGGUAUUAGUAUGUCUUGCUCUGUAUUUUCUCUGAGGAUA